GUAAGCCCGAAGGUAACUAUAUGACUGAGGAGGAUCUUUUGCAGCGUCUUCCUUCCCUUCUGUAGCAGUAUGGACUAUCUGUGUCCGGGAGUGCUCCAGAAGGGGCAUCCAUGUCGCAGCACACACCGUCUGUAGCACCUCAUUAUGGGCAGCGUAUUAGCAACGCGUCUAGAGAUUUUAUUGACUGCGCCGGUGUCACUAAGGUUGCUGCUUGUUACUUGAGGAUCUCUGAUCCAGGGGAUUACAUAGUGGCACAUGGAUCAGUUUUUCCACGUGCACCAGGAGAUAUGGUGCACGGUGUUCCCCACCUUCCCCACCAGGUUAAGGUCUCUGUGACCCUUAUGCUUCCGGGAAUGGGUGAAUAUACCAUUCCUUGUCCGACUGAGCAUAUAGAGACUGUGGCUGAUUGCGAGGGGAGCUUCGUUGCAUGGCCAAACCCCCGGUACAGAUGGCUCGACAUGGCGACUUCUCAUCAAGCAAACCUCGUCCCAUUCUCAGCGUACGUUCCCACUGCUCCUAGCUCUCCCGUCCAGGAUGUUGUUGACUGGAGCUCAUACGUCACAUUCGAGCUGAGGUGCAGAGAGUUGUGUCAGUGGCUAACACGCACAUCUGCUUUGCCUACCAUCAGCGUCAAUCUCAAUCCCGAGUCCAUGCUCUAUCCGGAGGAGAUGGAGCUGAGGAUGCGUCCGGAGAAUAUACGUGAGUUCAUGUGACGGGAGGAGGUCGAUCAAACAAUCAUCAUUGUUUUCUUGAGGUAUGUCAGGCACUACGUACGAAUAAAUUACUAUUAUAAUU